AUGACAAUGGAAAUCUUAAUUUUUUUCCAAGAAUCUGCCCUAACUGGACACCCUAGAAUUACUAGAAAGAGCCAAACAACUUUUCUAUGGUGUCAGACCAUAGGAACUGGGAUAAAGGCCAGAGGAACUGUGAUAAAGGCUAGAGGAACUGGUAUCCAUGCCAGAGGAGCUGGGAUACAGGUCAGAGGAUCUGGGAUAAAGGCCAGAGGAACUGUGAUCCAGAACAAAGGAACUGUGAUAAAGGCUAGACAAACUGUGAUAAAGGCUAGACGAACUGUGAUAAAAGCUAGAGGAACUGGUAUCCAUGCCAGAGGAGCUGGGAUACAGGUCAGAGGAACUGUGAUAAAGGCUAGACGAACUGUGAUAAAGGCUAGAGGAACUGGUAUCCAUGCCAGAGGAGCUGGGAUACAGGUCAGAGGAUCUGGGAUAAAGGCCAGAGGAACUGGGAUCCUAAACAGAGGAACUGUAAUAAAGGCUAGACGAACUGUGAUCCAGAACAAAGGAACUGUGAUAAAGGCUAGACGAACUGUGAUAAAGGCUAGAGGAACUGGUAUCCAUGCAAGAGGAUCUGGGAUACAGGUCAGAGGAACUGUGAUAAAGGCUAGAGGAACUGGUAUCCAGGCCAGAGGAUCUGGGAUAAAGGCUAGAGGAACUGGUAUCCAGGCCAGAGGAUAUGGGAUAAAGGCUAGAGGAACUGGUAUCCAUGCAAGAGGAUCUGGGAUACAGGUCAGAGGAACUGUGAUAAAGGCUAGAGGAACUGGUAUCCAGGCCAGAGGAUCUGGGAUAAAGGCUAGAGGAACUGGUAUCCAUGCCAGAGGAGCUGGGAUACAGGUCAGAGGAACUGUGAUAAAGGCUAGAGGAACUGGUAUCCAGGCCAGAGAAACUUGGAUACAAACCAUAGGAACUUGGAUAAAGGCCAGAGGAACUGUGAUCCAGGCCAGAGCAACUGGGAUACAGGUCGGAGGAUCUGAGAUACAGGUCGGAGGAUCUGAGAUAAAGGCCAGAGGAACUGGGAUCCUAAACAGAGGAACUGGGAUACAGGACAGAGGAACUGGGGUACAGGACAGAGGAACUGUGAUCCAGGACAGAGGAACUGUGAUCCAGGGCAGAGGAACCGAGAUAAAGGCCAGAGGAACCAUGAUGAAGGCCAGAGGAACUGUGAUCCAGGACAGAGGAACUGGGAUACAGGACAAAGGAACUUGGAUACAAGCAAUAGGAACUUGGAUACAGGCCAGAGGAACUGUGAUAAAGGCCAGAAGAUAA